AGAGUUGAAUUUAUUUGAAUGAGGGACUGGGCUCCUGCAGCCACCGAGCGCCUCCCGGCGGAGUCAGCGCGAGCGCUUAUUAGCUGGAAACAUUAGUCGGGUUCACAGUGAGGGAGCAGUGACACGUUCACACAAAUACAUUUGGCAAAUAUCUUGAGAUCGAUCAGAUAAUAAUCUGUCAGCUAUCCCACCAGUGGUUUGCACACAGACCGCCAGCCAAACACGCGUGACUCUGAAGAAAGCGCUCUUUCUCGUGGUUUUCUCCAGACAGCUUUGUGAUGGUCAAACAUGAGCGGUGAGCGUCAGAAGCGCCAGCAGGAGAUUCAGAGAGCGCUGAACUUCAUCAAGUGUUCUCUGCCUUAUCCGGACCCUGAAGGCUAUGAGGGGUUUGUGGUUCAGCUGGUGUGUAAUCUCUUAGAUGAGGGCAAUGCCGCGUUUCGAGAGGGCGACUGGAUGCAGGCGCGCGGUCAUUUUGAUGAGGCUGUCAAUGUGGCGCUAUAUGCUCAAGCCGAGGGGCUGAACGUUCCCGCCGCCCUGCUGGAGAGUCUGUACAUCAACCGCGCAGCCGUCCAUCAGAACAUGGGCGAGUUUGACAGUGGUGUGAAGGACUGCGAUCUCGCUCUGGAGGUGUGUAAGGACAGCACUAAAGCGUUAUAUCGUAAAGCCGUGUGUCUGAAGGAGUCUGGGAAACUGAGAGAGGCGUAUGACUGCAGCGCUGCAUGUCUGCUGGCCUCGCCGCAGGAUCAGUCGGCCAGUAAUUUGUCCAAGGAAAUCGCAGCCAGUCUGGGCUUGAAAAGCAGAAAAGCGUACAUCAGUUCUCACAGGGAGAAAGCAGCAGGAUCUGAGGACGACUGUGCCGCGCCGUCACCGUUAGAUGAGAUUUCUUCUGUUGAGCUGGAGGAAGGGACUGACUCUGCAGUGUUUUCUCUGACAGCUGACUCUGAUUGGCCGUCCCCUGUCUUACCUGCGCCGGUCCCUGUGAGCGACCCCCAUGAGGCCCCGGGUCAGUCCGGAGCCGUGCCGCUCUCGGUGCCCGUGUCUCAGUCGCUGGAGGACAGUGAGCUGAUGGGAGACGAGCUGGACAAUCUGCUGGACUGCAUGUCUAAAGAGGAAGACGCAUCGCAGAGUGGAGUGGUUCCCAGCUCUCUGCUGUGCUUCUCGUCUCCUCGUCUUCCUCCUGCCUUCUUCUCCUCCUUCGGGAGUCAGCUGAGCUCUCUGGACUCCUUCACUAAAGCUGAGCUGAGCUCGAACUCCUCCAGCGGCGAUCUGGACGCGCUGGACUUCAUCUGUCCGUCCUCCGUCUCCCCACAGCACCCUCUAGUGGUGGGAGGAGACGCUCUCGAUUCGCUGUCAGAGUUCAGUCUGCCAGGUGGGAAAGUCUGUCGUAGUUUUCUGCCGUCGGUCAAACUGACAGGUUCUCCUCAUACGAGGAAUGGUCACGUGACCUCGACUCUGUCCAGGCUGACGAAGAACCCGCUGGAGCACACGCAUGAUUUCACUCAAGCCUGCAGCAGCUGCUUCACCACUACAGGUCCAGGUGUGCUGGAUUUUGAGUUGAGGUCUGAUGUGACUCAUAGAUGUAAGAAGGAUCUUCUGCUGUGCAGGAGAAGGGGCGGGGCUAGCUCUCCCUGGAGGCGGAUCCGGCCCCGCCCAACUCGCAACAACUUCCAGGCCUCCUUCGUGCUCUGCAGAGAGGUGUUGGAGAAUCAGGUGUGUAAGUACGGUGAGGGAUGCACGUUUGCGUAUUGUCAAGAAGAGAUAGACGUGUGGACGCAGGAGAGGCGUGGCUUACUGGUCAGAGAGCUGCUCUUCAGUCCGCUCUCGACCAAUGAGAGACAAGCACUCGGCGUCAUCGAGCUACUGAACAUACACUCGGGCAUGUUCAUGUUCCUCUGUGAGGCCUGUUUUGACUACAAACCCAGAAUGAUCAGCAAACGCUGGAAGGAGAAUCCGGCUCUGUGUGCGAACGCACCGACACAGCAUCAGUUUGAUAAGAAGAAGUGUCUGGUUCAUGUGGUGAAGAGCAGCGCUGUGAGCUACAGUAAGAUCCGAGCGGUGAGCUCCCGCUGUCACUUCGAUGUGUGUCGUCAACAGCUGGCUUUGGGCUGUAAGAAGAAGGACGGCUGCUGCUUCGCUCACUCGCUCAUCGAGCUGCAGAUCUGGAUCCUGCAGAGAGACACAGGAAUCAGCCAUGAAAAGAUCGUGCAGGAGUCCAAAAAACACUGGAACAUACAGCGCCCUGCGGUCGUGGCUCCACGCUCUCCGAACAGAAUCACUGCUGCUAAAUCAAAGAGUCCAAGCAGAGCGGAGGAGACGAAUGGGAAGGCGGGUCCUGUGCAGGGAACAGGAAGUGCUGAGGUCAAAGGUCACGGGCUGGAGCUGAUGAUGAAGUUUGUGUGCGGUCAGUGCUGGAAAGAUGGGCUGCUCAGUGAACCGGACCGAGCACUGAAAUACUGCACUGCUAAAGCCAGACACAGCUGGACCAAAGACAGGAGGGUUUUACUGGUCAAAUCUCAUGAGAGGAAGAAGUGGGUCGCAGUGCGACCUUUGCCUUUUGCCAAGACCUUUCCUCAACAAUACGAUAUCUGCGUCCACGUGCUGAAGCAGCGUAAAUGUCAUUACAUCGGGAACUGUAGUUUCGCUCACAGUCAGGAGGAGAAGGAUCUGUGGACGUACAUGAAGAACAACGGCUUCAGAGACAUCCAGCAGGUGUUUGACGUCUGGCUCUCGACCUCCAAUCAGAACCGAGCAUUUGACUGCACCUCACCAUCUCAGCCAAUGGAAGAGAAGCAGAUCACCAUGCCGACAGACUUUGCUGAAGCGACGCAGGACGGUUUCUACUGUCCUCUGUGUGGGAAACACAGUAACAGUGAUCGGCAGUGGCAGCAGCACAUCUCCUCAGAGAAACACAAGCACAGAGUGUUCAGCGGCGAGGGAGAGGACGAGAGCCUGGCCUGGUCCCAUCGCUUCCCUGGACCCUGCUUCUCCAUCUGUCCCAGGUUGGAUGAGGGUUGUGCUGAUGGAGCGAGCUGUGACUUCGCUCACAGUGAGGAGGAGCUUCAGGAGUGGUGCAGACGGAGGGACUUCCUGCGCAGGAUGCUGAACAAAGCCAGAGCCGACAUGCUGAUCUCUCCAACUGACAACAACUUUGGGAUCUACAACUUCCUGCUUCAGAACUGAACAAACAGGCUCACAUUUGUACUGUGUCUAUGAGAGUUUAAUCAGGUGAGAGUUACCGCAGGUCCUGAUGAGUGUUCAGCGGAAAGAUGUUACACCUCCAGACGUGACCCAGAACACGUUUCAUGGUUGAUGAAGGAUAUAGAGAAUAAUAAAUAAAUAGAGAAUAAAUGUUGUUAAUACUCUGAAUAAAAGUAAGUUUGUUUUACUUUUACUGUAUUUGUUUAUAAAAGAAAAUGAAACAUCAUUCAUAAUAAUCACAGUAUAAUGCAGUAAACAUUAUUUUUGUGAAGCUCUUUUUUUGUAUUUUAUUUUUUGUUGAGUAAAUUGUACUUUUAUUUAUUGAUGCUUUUAUAAUUGAUGUGAAUCAGAGGAGAUGGAUCUGUACUGAUGAUCGCAUCAUACCUGCUGCUUCUUUCAAGUUUAUUUUGCCUGUUGCACAAAAACUCAGUGUUGCAGAGUCUUACAAUCAUUUCAUGUCUUAUUUACUUUCUUGUGUUAUUACCGCUUUUGAACUAGGCUUUAGCGAACGAGUCAGUGUCUGAGAAUUAAAGUGAAAAAGUGGUUUAAACGAUUAAGUAAAUGAAGACUGAAGGCUGUUUUAGUGUUAUGUGAUCGUAUGCCUCGCUCAGACUACACGACUUCAACCGUCGGCAGAUGGCUUUGCUGCUCAGACUACAUGACUUGCUGUCUGUCUUGAGGUCAUUGUGGUGUUCACACUACGUUAAUGAUCUGCAACAUGAGGUCACACACACUACACCAGCUGACAACAACUCAAUCCUGUCCUCAGAUCAAUGCAUGUGAAAAUGGACAUGGGGAAGAAAUUAGUUAACUUAAUUUCAUAAUUCACUCUUCGUUAGGAGUGUGUUUGAUAAACGAUCAACCAAUCUUAAUGUUGAAAUCACCAUUUUGUCUGACAUAAAAUGGUAUAUUGACAUCUUUCCAUGGUUGAAAUAUCAUACCUUCUAGGGCUGCAAGAUAUUUCAUAAUCACUUCACAGGAUGUGCGAUAUUUAGUAUAGUGAUCGUUAAUCCGUAUGGACCAGGGUUCGAAACGCAGGUGAUUCUUGGAUUAAUUGUGAAGUUUAACCAUCAUACAAUGAAGGUUCAUCAUUUGCAUGUGUUUCAGGUCCUGUCUGUCUAAACAUUCAAGCGACUUUAAACCAUUCGAGCAUGAGAAGGCACUAAAUAGAGCUCAAUUAAGAACAGGUGCUGUUUUCUGUGCUCACACACAGAGCAGAGAUGCACAUCAACACUGAAUUCUGUUCGUCUAUUUGUGCCUGAAAUGACACUCAACAGGAAAAAUGCAUGUCUCUGCAAGUGUCCUUAUAAACACAGUUGCUUAUAGCUUAGGUGAAGGUAAACAAUUGAGAAAGAAAAAAGGUGUAACCGUAUAUUGGUUCACAGCAGUUUAAUGUUCCUGAUGCUUUCUAUGUCAUGAAUGUCAAUCAACGACAAAACUUCUAACUCGAUUAAAUUACCGAAAGCGAUACAGUGUUAUUUUACAAUUGAUUAUUCAAUUUCUGUACCUGAAUACUGUUAGACUUGCCUGAAAAAUAUAAAGCACCAUUUAAUUCA